CAUAAUAGUAAAAUUUCCCGAUCAUAAAAUCUCUUACCACGUACCCACCAAGCCUCUCCCAUCUACAUCCCCACAAAAAUAAAUUUCUUGUCACUAAACAAUGUCUGCAACUUCCAUUUCAAACCUCACCAUGGAAGAAAGGUUCCAGGAGCUGCAAAAGGCAAAGGAAACACCUUCACCAGCCCUGGGAAACGCCAAAAUCCAAAGAGUACCACCGCACCUUCUCCGCAACCGAAAGAAUUUCAACAAACACUACUCCCCAAAGUUAGUGUCAUUUGGUCCCAUCCACCAUGGUGAUCUCAAUCUACACCUGGGAGAACAGUAUAAAAAAAUGUGGGCAGCAGAGUACAUUGGCAGCACCAGAACAACCCUUCCAAAACUGCACAAAAAGUUUGUACAAAACAGGGAAUCCCUGAAGCCCCUCUUCGACGAGGAUAUUCUCACAAAAAAUGGCAGGUUUUCGAAGUACGAGGAACAAGGUUUUGAAACUCGGGAGGACAUGAUCAGUUGGAUGCUGUUCGUGGACGGGUGCGCCCUUCUGCACAUUCUGGAACAUGCGAAGCUCCACGAACCGGGUAAAAUGAACGUGAAGGUGGACCAGCUUGUGCUGGUGAUGCAGGACGCGCUUCUGCUGGAGAACCAGCUUCCGUUCCCGCUGCUGAAACAUCUAUGGAGGGACUCCAAAGAAGAGCUUAUCGAAAUUAUGAAAGGGUUUCUUCGUUGCCACCAUUGGGCCACCAAUGAAGAUCAGGUAAACUUUAGAGCGGAUUUCCCACAGCCUACUCAUCUUCUCCACCUUCAACGCUCUAUCAUCCUUUACGAAUCUCCAACUAAGACCGACAAGAAAGGAUUCUGUGUUCCAAAGCGCAACACCGGCAAGCGAAGCGAGACUCAAAAUGUUUCACCUCAAAAGCAAGACGACAUGGUAACAUACAGGAACAUAAAGGAGUUGAAAGCAGCAGGGAUUGAAUUCAUGUCAAGCAAGACUCGAAGGCCAAAAGACAUAUCUUUCUCCCUUGGAUGGUUUCAUUCAACACUGAAGCUUCCCGAGAUUGUUGUGGAUGACACAACAGCUGCUACUGUGCUGAACCUGAUAGCAUAUGAGAUGUGUCCUGAUUUUCAGAAUGACUAUGGGAUUUGCUCUUAUGUGUCGUUCUUGGACUCACUCAUAGACCACCCAGAUGAUGUGAAGGCACUGAGAUCAGAACGAAUUUUGCUGAACUCACUAGGGAGUGAUGAGGAAGUGGCUGAACUUUUUAAUACCCUUAGCACUGACUUAGUGCCUGACAUGGGAAAAUAUGCUGAUCUUAGAAAUCAAAUUGAGAAGCAUUACAAGAAUAAACUUAGGACUUGGUUGGCUCUUGGGUGUAGUACCUAUUUCAGCAACCCUUGGGCCAUCAUUGCAUUCCACGCUGCAGUUGUGGGUCUUGUCCUAACCUUUGUCCAAACUUGGUAUGCUAUUCGCCCACCAAAAUGAUAUCUUUGUUGCUGUUUUAUGUAUGAUUGGAAUGUCUUGGACUUAGUUAUGGAAUCUCCAAAAUUAUGGAUAGUGUCUUUAAAUUGGUUUCAUGGAUCUUUAUAUUCGGUGGCGGAUCUUGAUUAAUAUUU